UGGGGGCGCUAGAGGGCACGGCUCGUUAAAAACAGCAACCGGCGCAUCCUGUUUUAUAUGAGCGGUGUGGAGAGGAGACGCCACCAUGGAUAUCCGACCAAAUCACACUAUUUACAUCAACAAUAUCAAUGAUAAAGUCAAGAAAGAAGAGUUGAAGCGCUCGCUCUACGCGCUCUUCUCUCAGUUCGGUCAGAUAAUCGACAUCGUGGCCAUGAAGACGGCGAAGAUGAGGGGACAGGCCUUUGUCGUCUUCAAAGAGCUCGCCGGCGCCACCAACGCACUGAGGCAACUUCAGGGCUUCCCGUUCUACAACAAGCCCAUGAGGAUACAGUACGCGAAGACUGACUCCGAGGUCAUCGCCAAGGUGAAAGGCACGUACGGCGACAAGGAGAAGAAGAAGGACAAGAAGAAGAAAGCUCAGGAGGUGUCGGCAGUCAGCCUAAUGAAGAAACCGGCGGCGGGAUCAACGGCGCCUGUGAACUCCGCUGCCGUCCAGGUGGUGGACAACCCACCGAACUACAUCCUGUUCCUCAACAACCUGCCUGAAGAGACCAACGAGAUGAUGCUCUCCAUGCUGUUCAACCAGUUUCCCGGUUUCAAAGAGGUGCGACUCGUCCCGGGGAAACACGACAUCUCCUUCGUGGAGUUUGAGAGCGAGACGCAGGCGGGCGUGGCUAAAGACGCACUGCAAGGCUUCCGAAUCACAGCCACCUGCGCCAUGAAGAUCACGUACGCCAAGAAGUAGUCCCCGAGUUCAGUCGCUGGACACACAGAGACUCUGAGGGGGAGAAAGGGGGAGAUGGUCCCUGGGUUACCGUCGGGUUCCCACAUUGAUUUUUGUAAAUCAUACACAGCUGUUUUAGUUUCUUUCUACUUUUUUUGAUUUGUUUGGUAAAAUUCAGUCCCGUCGUUCACAAGAUCGAGCAGAUAAUCUCUGGCCUACAUCUUGUUUUGUAAAAUAAAAGGCUUUUACAUAAUUG